GCGACAACGCCGGAGCAAGCUAGCUAGCAAUAGGGUGAUCGAGCGACAGUUCGAAACCACGAUGGGGAUGGCGGCGGCGCUGUGGGACGCCCUAUCGAAGGCUGCCAACCUGGCGCAGAUGUCUGGCCUGCACGCCGUCAUGCUGGUAGCCGUGGUGGCGAGCCUGCUACGCGUCCCGCAGAGCAAGCGGGAGUGCGCCAAGCUCGAGCGGUGCAGCCGAAGGCUCUGUGUGCUGCUGCAGUGGCCGACGGGCUGCGGGGCUGUGCUGCUGCAAUCGGAGAUGGGAGGCCCCGCUGUAAAAGCACUGGUCGACGCGGCCGGCCUCGUCGACGACUACAAGAAGAGCACGCUGUGGCGCCGCGUCCGGUGGGGCAGGAGCAUGGCGACCCGGUUUCGUGACAUGCAGGACGCCGUCGACUCCUACUACGGCAUCCUGAUCUUCAUCAACGCCAAUGUUCUGUUACAACGGGCGACUCGUCAUCUCCCGGGCACGAUUCAUGGGGUGGAUGAUCCACCGCAAAGUCAAAGCCUACAAGCAGUCAGCAAUUGCUCCAAAGUUACAGCAACUUGUCACACUCAAAUGACCAACAACGAUACUGGCGAGGAAGGAGCCAGCAAAAUAGGAAGCGAAAGAGACAACACCAACCCGACUGGGUGUGAAAGAAGCUUGCCUGCUAUAGUGAUUUCCCAUGCAUAACUGUAAGGGGAAGAGAUAAUAGUGUAGUAUUUUCAUUUGGUGCAAAAGAGAAGAAUAUCCAUUUGGUGCAAAAGCGAAGAAGGUGACAUAUGUAUACACAAGCUUGGAGGUUAAUUCGACAUAUGAUAAUAAUUAGCUCACCAUGAAACCAAUGACUCUUCACUUUUGACCUUUUGACAUGUACUAUCA